ACCCUUGGCCUUGCAGACUCACCAGGAUGAGCACCGACUCUCCACCCACACUACUGAAACUGGCAGUGCAGAGCUUGCUGAGGGACGAGGACUUGGCCAUGGGGGCUGUGGAGGAUUUGCCAGGGGAGCUCUUCCCCCCAGUGUUCAUGGAGGCCUUCACCAGGGGUCACACUGAGGUCCUGAAGGCCAUGGUGCUGUCCUGGCCCUUUCCCUACCUGCCCCUCGGAGCACUGAUGAGCAUGAGGAGACCACAGACUUCCGACGCCGAGGUGGAUAUCGUCCAGGUGCAGGAGAGGAUGUUACAAGCUGUGCUGGAUGGGCUCGAUGUGCUGCUGAGCCAGAAGAUUUGCUCCAGGAUACUGAAACUGCAAGUGCUAGAUAUGCGGGACACGCACCAAAAGUUCUGGAGAGUCUGGGCUGGAAAUGAGCUGGAAGCCUGCUCCUCAGAGGACAUGAAGAGGAGAAACACAGAGAAGAAUGGGGCGAGGGCAGCAGAACAGCAGCCCCUUGAGGUGAUUUUAGACCUGUGGCUUGGUCUGGAAUGUCUGAAUCCAUUCCAAUCCUACCUCCUGAAAUGGGUCCAAAAGAGGAAAGGUCUAAUGAAGCUGGAUUAUACCAAGCCAUGUAUUAGCCCAACAUGCAUUCAACAAGUGAAUGUGGGCGACUGCUGGACUCUCUUUACCUUGGCUUAUUUUGACGAUUACCUGAGCCAGUUGCAACACCGUCACAAACUAUUUUUCUACGAUAUCUCUGUGCCUGAGUUCUUUUCCCCAGAAGAGAAAGAGCAGUUGGUCACCCAAAUCACUUCUGAAUUCCUUAAGCUUCACUCUCCAGAGGAGAUGUAUAUGGAAUCUGUCUCCUUCCUGGAAGGCCACCUGGACCAGUUGCUCAGGAGAUGUGACAGGGGCCAAAACCCAGAUUCUCAACACGUUGCCUUUUCCCUCCUCGGUCCUACAGCGAGGGCUCACAUAAGCACAAUCUGGAGUAGCCAGACUGGAGAGACCCACCGUGCUGGGAUGACAAGUCAGGGGUCAGACGCAGUGAGGGCAGCAGUCCCCUUCAUCACAGUCAGACCUCUGCGGCUCAUCAAUGCCCAAAGCCUCUCUGGUCGAACUGACAAUAAUGACCAGAAUCCUCUGCUCCACGGUGGGGUCAUGACCAGACCGGAAGUGCGGGGCUCCGAAGCUAACAGCAAGGAGCAGAGGUGCCUGCCAUCCCCCUUGGAGACCCUCUCACUGAUGUACUGCCAGCUUUCACACUCUGACUGGAACCAGCUGCCACAGUGUCCAAGCAUCAGACACCUGAAACACUUGGAUCUGAGUGGUAUCAGGCUGACGCACUUCAGUUCUGAUCCCCUUCGACUUCUCCUGAGUAACACUGCAGCCACGCUGACCACCCUGAACUUGCAGGCCUGCGGGAUCACGGAUGCCCAGGUCCGUGCCUUUCUACCUGCCUUGAGCCACUGCUCCCAGCUCACAACCUUCAGCUACAUGAAGAACUGCAUGUCUGUAGCCACCCUGGAGAGCCUGUUGUGCCACACUGCCAGGCUGAGGAACUUACGCCUGGAGGUGUACUCUGCUCCUGAAGAGAUUUACGUUCCCAGGCAUGGUGUCCGCCGGCUGAGAUUGCACCAGAUUCAGAAUAGGCUGAGGAGGAUCGUGUAUCCAUUAAACCAUCCCAGGAUGGUCUGGUUUUGCUUUGGUCACUGUGGUCUCUGUUGCAACUGGGGAGUCCAUUACCUGCACCCUGCUCUAUGCAAUUCUUGUACACCUAUCUAGUUUGAUCCGCAUAACCUGUGCUCCACUGUGGGCCCUGUCUUGGUGUCAAUGAGAAGAGAACACAUCUGACAACAGCCUUAGAGGUUCUUUGAAUUGAACAUAGAAGUGACUUUUCUGGACGU